AACAAAGUUGAUGUAUCGGUAGGUUGUGUGCACCAUGCUUUGGUAACUAGAGACUAUCGUGAACGGGAGACGGAGAGCAAGUCCAAGCUAAAUUUGACGUCUUAUUCCACCGUUGCAACGAUUGGGCAAUCGCCAUCAAACACUGUGACAGGGAACAAUGAUAGGCGGAUGGAUAAGGACGCCGACGACACUGCGUCGCCGCUGUCCUCGACUACUGCGAGACCCAAGUUGUUAAACUCUGAGCCAGAUAUUCGACAGGAUGCGGCGAUAACCCAUAUCCAGUCUUCAGAGGUCGUCGCGAUCUCAACGACUUCCAUACAGACUUCGAGCCAUGGCUCGACUCGAAGCAGCGAAUGUUCCUGCCAACAACCAUCCCAGACUCACUCUUCCAGCGCGAUGAGCAUACCACCGAUGCACGAUGGUCCCCACAUACUUCCCCCUGCGUUCGACGGGGUACCCGAGUCUUGUAAUUGUUCCUGCGUGUCACUUGUAAUUGCUCCCAUUGUCUCACACAAGAGUGACCCCCAGUCAGUGGUAGCCAGUGGCGCCGUCGAAAAAUCGGUUUCAAACGCCGAUGACUGUCCUGCGCCAUGUGCUGAAGGAACUGCAAGUGUGAAAACGUGCCAAGAAGAUUACACGCACGUAGAGCCAGCAGUCAUAUCACCUUCUCAUACCGUUGUUCAACAUUCUACGACAUGUGAUUCGUGUACCGUCCAGACCCCAUUUCAGGCGGAGAAUCAAGACAAUCCUUCCUCUGCCACUGAUGCGAGGUGCUGUGGUGCACGGGAGUCCGUGGAUUGCAUGGUCCCGAUACCCGCGACGUCAGAUGCCUGUGGGUCAAGUGCGGUUAUCGUCACGCCCAACUGUUGUCCCUCGGUUGAUCAUCAGUCGACGUGCAACGCUGCAUCCGAUUGCACCCGUGAGAGUUGCAACCUCCCUUGAUGACGGACCCGUACCACUGUCAGUAAAACUACGCCGGAAUAUUACAUAGAAAGAAAUCUUGGUCCUUGGAUAUGGGUGUUGAGGAAAACGAGACGAGUGUGAGGAGGACAGUAUAGUGGGAUCAGUGGAUGUUGUGCCUAGAUAAAUUGGGUUUAGUCAAAGUUACCAGUGCAACGAUAUGCUUGUGAAUCGAUUUCUUGUUCGUAACCCACUGAUCGUGGACCGACGGCCUUCAAUAUGUUGAACUUGAAUACAC